AUGGGCCAACAACGUCCCAGAGGUCCCCCGACGCCGAGCAUGAGCACGCCGGCUGCCGACUUUGACCAGGUCACCGGCUCACCCCCACCUCCACCGACCCCUGCGGCCUCUCCAGGCCCGUCGCACUCAAAACUUAACUGGAGCAGUGGUUCUGAGGACGAGGAGGCCUUCCUGUCGAGCGUCAGGCAGUACUUCAUGCAGGCAAACGGCAGUCAGAGGACACGUCUUCUUUCUGAUCUUCUCAGCAUUUGCACCAGCCAACAACUGAGCUUCGUGCACCAGUUUGUCAGCCCUUUGCUAAAGAAGGAUCCAUUUACCACUUUGCCAGACGAGCUGUGCCUUAGGAUUUUGUCCUUCAUUGAUGACCCCAAAGUGCUCGCUCGUGCGUCUCAAGUCUCGCGGAGAUGGAGGGACUUGCUGAGUGACGAUAUGACUUGGAAGAAUCUCUGUGUGAAGCACGACUAUCAGAGACGGAUUUCCGAUCUUCGCGAUGGCAAGGGCGGUUCCCCGUCUUCUGCUCUUCACAACGGUCGGGCACAGCGCUCUUAUAAGUCCCAUUUCAAGCAGAGAUACCUGGUUGAUGCUGCUUGGCGGUCCGGUGGCCGCAAUAUCUCACGUAACAUCACUCAAGAUGGUGGUGUCGUGACAAGCCUGCAUCUCACUUCCAAGUACAUCAUCGUCGCCCUCGACAAUGCCAAGAUCCACGUUUUCGAUACACAGGGUAAUCCCCUUCGUACACUGCAGGGGCAUGUAAUGGGUGUCUGGGCUAUGGUUCCCUGGGAUGACAUUCUUGUCAGUGGUGGUUGUGAUCGCGAUGUCCGCGUCUGGGAUCUAUCGACUGGCAACUGCCUUUAUACUCUUAGAGGUCACACCUCUACAGUUCGCUGCCUUAAGAUGUCUGACGCGAACACUGCAAUCUCCGGAUCUAGGGACACAACCCUCAGGAUCUGGGAUAUCAAGACCGGCGUUUGCAAGAAGGUUCUUGUUGGCCACCAAGCCAGUGUCCGCUGCUUGGAGAUCAAGGGUGAUAUUGUGGUUUCUGGCAGCUACGAUGCUACUGCCAAAGUUUGGAGUAUCUCGGAGGGUCGUUGCCUCCAUACCCUCCAGGGACAUUACAGCCACAUUUAUGCCAUCGCCUUCGAUGGUGAGAGAGUGGCGACCGGGAGCUUGGACACGAGCGUCAGGAUAUGGAACGUCCGGACUGGUGAGUGCCAGGCAAUUCUGCAGGGUCAUACGUCCCUUGUUGGGCAGCUUCAGAUGCGUGGAAACACGCUGGUAACUGGCGGAAGCGAUGGCUCCGUGAGGAUCUGGUCCCUUGAGAAGAUGGCCCCCAUCCAUCGUCUUGCCGCCCACGAUAAUAGCGUCACCAGCUUGCAGUUUGACGACACUCGUGUUGUCAGCGGUGGCAGUGAUGGCAGGGUCAAGGUUUGGGAUCUCAAGACUGGCCAGGCUGUCCGCGAACUGGUCACACAAUGUGACGCCGUUUGGCGUGUUGCUUUCGAAGAUGAAAAGUGUGUUGCUAUGGCCCUUAAGAACAACCGUACCAUCAUGGAGGUCUGGGAUUUCUCCCCUCCCGAGGAGAUGCUUCAAGAGCGGUCCUUCCUUUCCCCUAAGAAAUUAGACGCUCCAGUUCCCGAUAGACCUUUGAGCGCAACCUUUUCAUCACAGCAUAGAGGCGGUGCUCCGGGAAUUGGCAUCCAAGAUGUAGAGAUGCCAGACGCCGGCCCGUCGACAGCACCGCUUCAGCCCAGCAACCCGACCUUCUUCCACGAGUAG